UAGCCUACACAGAGUAGGCUAUUUAGGCUAUGGUUUCAGAUUCAAUUACCUGAAUACAGUCUACACCGCCUCUGCAAAUUGGUGACGGUGCCGCGUACAAAGUUACACAAUACUUUGUUCCUAGCGGUUUGAGAUAAGAAACAACAUAAUUUAUUGAUUUUAGGGCGUUAAUUCCAUGAAAUCGUCUGCGACAGGACUUGGCGCAUCCAGUUUUAUCGCGGAGAAUCACGAGUUAAUUUAGCCGAGCAGAGUCAGGCGAACUGCUGGGAAGGACGGGUGAAAUGAAGAGAGAGGCGGUGCCUCUGCUCAUCAGGUCUGAUCCACACCGCAUAAAGAGCGCUGCUGCGGAGAGAAGAGAGCAGGACGAACGGCACGAAUGAGCGACGCACGCUAAAGAUAUAAAAAAAAAAAAAUGGAGAUUACGUUCUGCGUUUUCCUGUCCAUUACAGCAGUGAGUGUGUUUGGCCAGCCUCAGGAGCUGAAUGGCGUUGUGGGAAGGCCUGUGGCGUUCCCAGCCGCGGUGAAGAAGAGUGGGAGUUUGGUGUAUGAGGGAGAGACGGUUGGUGACAUCACUAGCAGCCGCUUCAGCACUGUCAAUAAUGUGAAGUUCACCGGCAGACUGCAGUGGGACAGCAACACUGGCCACUUCUCCCUCUCUGAGCUCAAGAUGGAGGACAAAGGAAAGUAUACAGUACAGAACACUGACCAAGGAAUAAACACAGACUUCCAGCUGAAUGUGUAUAUUCCUGUAUCAAAACCCAAUGUCAGUGUCAUUAGUGAUGAAUAUCCCUGCAAGUUAAUGUGCACUGUGGAGAGAGGGACAGACGCGACCCUGACCUGGUACAGAGAGGGAGAGCAUACUCCCUAUGACGCCCACCCUCCUCGCAGUGCUCCAGAUCUGUAUCUGUCUGUGCCUGUGGAGAGGAGUGGUAUCUAUACCUGCGAGGCAAAUAACUCUGUCAUUACUGAGAGAUCAGACCCACUGACUGUGGGAGACCACUGCACAGGGAACAACACGGUGGUAAUCGUUGCCAGUGUUCUUGGUGUUGCUCUCCUCAUCGCUCUCAUCGCUCUCAUCGCGAUCGCUGUCAUUUAUAUCAAGCAAAGCUUCAGAUAG